GAACGCUUCGCACAGCUAGCGGGGCAGUGGAUCCCGGAGAGAAGGAGCGGGGUUGGGGUGCUGGGAAGGGCCAGCCGAAGGAGCAAUGGAUUUACUGAGGACUAUCGCUUACCAGCCGGGCGGUACAGGAGCUAGCGGAGGAGGUGGCGGUGGCAGUAGUGGCGCUGGCAGUGGCGCUGGCGGUGGAAACAGCGGCAGUAAGAUGGGGGAGCAGGCGCUGGGUAAAGCCUGCGGCGGGGACUCGCGAAGAAAGAAGGCGGCGGAGUCGUCCGACCACCACCAUCACCACCACCACCACCAUUCGCAUUCGGCUCCCGAGAUUUCUCGGAUUAUUACAGACCCCACCACGGGAAGGAGAUAUUGCCGCGGGAAAGUGCUGGGAAAGGGUGGCUUUGCAAAAUGUUAUGAGAUGACUGAUCUGACCACAAACAAAGUCUAUGCUGCAAAGAUCAUCCCUCACAGCCGAGUAGCCAAACCUCAUCAAAGGGAGAAGAUUGAUAAAGAGAUCGAAUUGCACAGAAUGCUCAACCACAGACACAUUGUCCAGUUCUUCCACUACUUUGAAGACAAGGAGAACAUUUAUAUUCUCCUAGAAUACUGCAGCCGAAGGUCUAUGGCUCACAUCCUGAAAGCAAGAAAGGUAUUGACGGCACCAGAAGUGCGAUAUUAUCUAAGGCAGAUUGUAUCAGGACUAAAAUACCUUCAUGAGCAAGAGAUCUUGCAUCGAGACUUGAAGCUAGGUAAUUUCUUCAUUAAUGAUGCCAUGGAAUUGAAAGUGGGUGACUUUGGGCUGGCUGCAAGGCUUGAACCACUGGAACAUAGGAGAAGAACAAUCUGUGGCACACCAAAUUACCUUUCCCCAGAAGUCCUUAACAAACAAGGGCAUGGCUGUGAAUCUGACAUAUGGGCCUUAGGCUGUGUCAUGUAUACAAUGCUAUUGGGAAGGCCUCCAUUUGAAACAACCAACUUAAAGGAAACUUACCGAUGCAUAAGAGAAGCAAAAUAUUCUUUACCGUCGUCUUUGUUGCCUCCUGCGAAACAUUUGAUUGCAAGCAUGCUGUCCAAAAAUCCAGAAGACCGCCCUAGCUUAGAUGACAUUGUUCGGCACGACUUCUUCUUGGGUUUCACUCCAGACAGGCUUCCAGCUAGCUGUUGUCACACAAUUCCUGACUUCAAUUUGUCAAGUCCGGCUAAGAAUUUUUUCAAAAAGGCUGCCGCAGCUCUCUUUGGAGGCAAGAAGGAAAAAGCAAGAUACUUUGAUGCUCACAAUCGAUUGGCUAAAGAAGAUGAAGAAAUAUAUAAACUUAGGCAUGACUUAAAGAAGACCUCAAUAACUCAGCAGGCCCUGAAACACAGAGCGGAAGAGGAGAUCCAGCCUUCCAGCACCACUGUAGCAAAACCUGGUGUGCUAACAGAAACCAAGCAAAUAGAUGCAAUCCGGAUGAUAGUUCGAGGGACCCUGGGAAGUUGCAGUAGCAGCAGUGAAUGCCUUGAAGAUAGUACAAUGGGAAGUGUGGCUGAUACUGUCGCAAGAGUGUUGCGUGGAUGUUUACAGAACAUGCCGGAAUCUGAUCAUAUUCCCAAAGAACAGCUGGCUGUCUCCUUCCAGUGGGUCACAAAGUGGGUAGACUACUCCAACAAAUAUGGCUUUGGCUAUCAGCUGUCUGACCACACUGUGGGUGUUCUCUUCAACAAUGGUGCACAUAUGAGCCUUCUUCCAGACAAAAAAACAGUCCAUUACUAUGCAGAACUUGGUCAAUGUUCAGUUUUCUCUGCUACUGAUGCUCCAGAACAAUUCAUCAGUCAAGUCACUGUCUUAAAAUAUUUUUCUCAUUACAUGGAGGAAAACCUCAUGGAUGGCGGGGAUCUUCCCAGUGUCACUGAUGUCCGCCGACCAAGACUUUACCUCCUGCAGUGGCUGAAAUCUGAUAAGGCAUUGAUGAUGCUUUUCAAUGAUGGCACAUUUCAGGUGAAUUUCUACCAUGAUCACACAAAAAUCAUCAUCUGCAACCAAAAUGAGGAAUAUCUUCUUACCUAUAUUAAUGAAGAUAGGCUAUCUACCACAUUUCGUUUGACGACUCUUCUGAUGUCUGGAUGUUCUCUGGAACUCAAGCAUCGAAUGGAAUAUGCACUGAACAUGCUGUUGCAAAGAUGUAAUUAAAAGAACUCUUCUAAAACCAAAAAGGACUUCUCUCACUGAAGUCUACAGUGAAGGCAGUUGGAUUAAAAAAAAAAAAAACCUAGCAUGUUGAUGGAUGAGUGAGGAGUAGGGACUGGUACGAUGAAAUGUCUCAUCUUAUGUACUGGGCUGGGACCAGACAUGAAGCUUGUAGUCUUUGUUGGAUUAAUGGUGUGACCAGGAAUCCUUUGGAAUGUAGCUUUCCUUGGUUCACUCCUUUUGAAAGAGUUGAGUUGGAAGAGAUUUUCUGCAGCAAACAGUUCUGUUGGAGGACUUGAAACUGUGAAUAACACUUGAGGAAUUGGGAGGGCGAUCUCAUUGUUGUGGAAUAACUGUAAGAGGCAGCUCAUGGCUGCUUACUUAAACUGUGAACUAUGGCCAUAUUUUUUUCUUUUCUUAAUUCUUCCAAGAACUGAUCACACUUGUGGCUGGCAAAGUGCAUUCCUUGUUAAUAAUCUUUUUUUAUUUAUUACAGCCCAAAGCAAAGUAUUUAUUACAUACAUUUUUUUGUAAUUGUGAUUUUUAAAUAUACAUUUGUUGGCAAUAAAGAGUGGGGAAAACCUGAA